CGCGAUUGCAUUUUCUCUGCCUUGUUUGGAUCUGAUUGAUGGGCACAAUGCCAGUUCCGUGGGCGUCGCUCAUGUUUUGCCUCGCUGGCAGACAAAAUUGGGAUUGCUUCGAGUGUUGGAGCAGGAAUCAAUAUUCCACAGUGGGGACCCUAUGAGCGAUGACUUGGUGCGCCGGCUGUGCAAAGAGAGUGUGGGCUUGAUGUGGCGUAUUCCGACAGAUCCAAUGGAGUCAGAGAAGGAGAAACGGAAUGAAGUCAUUUUCAAGAUAUUCGAGCUUUUAUCUAUCCUCAUCCGCGUUGACUUUGACAUCGUUGCCAUUUGGUGUCACGAUAUCUUCUUGGCUUCACUCCACAAUAUUGUGCAGUCCCCCAGCGAUACUUCAUCUGUCCUCGAAUUCUUCAGCCUACAUUUGUCUUAUUGCACGAAGACCCGCGCGCUGGAUCAGCAUAUACAUCUUCUCGCCAAUAUCUUUGAGCACUUGCCGGACCGUCUGCGUAGACAAUCACUCCCUGGAAUCUUCGCGUCGCCAUUAUUUGGCCGCCAAUACGGUGCUCUGUUGCUCGACAAUUUAAAGUCGUUUUCCACUCCGACACAGAUUUUGUCAUCCUUCAAUGAGGUGUUGGCAUGUUUGAAUCGGUCAUACGACGGUUUCCGGGCCAACAGUAAAGGGUCAUUGCAUCGACAAGAUAAGAGGAAAUCCCGGCCUAAAUCGACGGAAGGAAGUUGUGUCGCUGACAACGCUGAGGACCCAUCGGUGGUGCCUCCGAUCCUAUUGCUUCAUCUGCUUCGUAUAUGCGUCCAAUCUCUCCCAAGUUAUGUUGCGAAACUCAAGCCUGAGGAUGCUGAUAAACUUCGGAACCAGAUUCAUUCACUUGAAUCUUUAAUACACAGCGGUGUGGCCACUACCAUAGACACCCUCCAGAUGACAGGAAAUGCUACAAUAGCAGCUUCGCUCUUAAACGUGUGCUAUAUACUUGGCGAGACUGGUCUUGGUGGCGUGUCAGAGUUUCAGGGUCCUUUGGAGCCUGGUGUGGUCCACCCCAUUUUAAAGGGAUGCGAAGAUCAUCUGACUGGGAUCUUGUCGACAAUCGACAAACCUCAACUCCCUUAUUUAACUGUUGAAUCUGCGCGAAUAAUAUUUCAGCAGCUCUGGCAGACAAGCGAAAAUGGCUCCCAUCGUGUCCUGGUUCUAGAUGCAACGUUUUCUUCGACAUUCUUUGAGAGUCUCGUUGCAGCGCUCGAACGGGAAGAAAUCCCAGCGAAUGUUUCUGGCGCCGUGCAUUCCUCAUCAUAUCUUGGGAAUAGUGAUGUCUCUCGGCAAGCAGGAUUUGUGGCCUUAUGGGACCUUGUGACCGAUAGGUGGCUCGCAGUCGUAGACCUUUAUGCCACUCAAUCUCAAUUGGGUCGACUGGUGAAGAGGAUUUUUCGCUUAUAUCGGCAGCAAGAUAAUCAUGCGAACACAGCUGCCUCGAUGACUGCUGGUGCCGUCAUUCAAAGGGCCUUGUCCAACGCUUCUUUCUGGGAGCACACCCGUAUCAGGGAUGUGAUCCUUGGCCAGUUUGGAGAACGGGCUAAAACAUCAGAUCCGAGUCGCUUGUUAAAAUUCGAUGUCACACCUCUAGGUCUUCGGAGGAUGGGACGAAGCCUGCUACGCCUCAGUCCAUCAAUUCUUCAAAGCAAGGACAAUGAGGCCACUUUGGAAAUGUUCAAUUUCUUGAUGGUCACACCGAUGGAGUACAUUCCGAAACCCAUAGGAGACUGGCUGAUGAAAGCUGCAUUGGUGGCCGACUCCUCCUUAGGCUCCCUUGAGUGGGGGGAAAUGGGUGAGGAUGAGUGGGCCAUGUUGAUGACGAAGAGAACACUUUUCAGGUCGUACUUGCUUAGGAUGGUCAACAAGCCAAGACUUCCAUCCGAUCUUCGGAGAGAGCCGACGUUGCUCCCGUACUUAUGUCGAGAUGUCGGUGAUGAGGCUGGUUUGUGUGCAAGAACCAGCCUGGAGUUGAUAAAAUCCAUUUCGCUAACUAUGAUCAAGCCCAGUGGGACUUCCGGUGAUAACCUGGCACCCAUUACUAUAAUGUUGGAUCUUUUGGAAAACCUCCUGUCGAAUUUGGCGUCGUGUUCAAAUAUUUCGAACUGGGAUGCGGAGGUUACGGCCACAUUAUUGGACGCGUUUGCGAGUCACUUACAGAUUCCUAGCACGCCAGAGCAUGUUCUGGGUCGUUUGCGGAGCCUGACAAAUCGUGGACUGACGUUCACCGAGCGGCUUCACGACACACCCAUCUCAGAUACCUUGUAUCCUAUCUUAGUGAAUAUUAGGCGGCUUCUAUUGCUGAUACGGCGCCUGAUAGGGGAAACCGACGUCUCUGGGGCAAGCCCACCUUCAGGAAGACAGCUUCUCACAGCUUUAUUUCGAAAUAUCCGAGCGAAAACGGAGACAGACACUGCACAAAGUCCGAACUGGUCUUCUCUUUGUGCUACCAUUUUCUCUCUCGUCAGUGAAGAAUUCAAAAAUUUCUCCCCCGUGGAGAAGCAACAGGAACUAGAAUACCUCGUUUCGGCGGACCUGGCGCUACGGUGCUUGCUCCAAGGUCCUCAUGCUGAGAGAGACCCUGCAAUCGCGAAUUGCUCUCACGAACUGAGCACUGCUGCCUAUGGUCACGUCCUCCAGAGGCUCUACCAUACAAUGAUGGACAGUGCCCAAUCACCAAAGCUGGUCUUUGCGAUGAUAUCUCAGGCGGCAAUCUUGGUGACAAACCCACCUCCAGACUCGCAUCAAGUCGCAAAAUCAUUCAGAUCGCAUUACCUCUGUCUCCUGUCGUCAUUCAAACUUUUGGGCGCAAAUGAUCGACUUCUGUCCCUUGACUACAUUGUCAAAUGUUUUUUCAAAGAUACUGUUCCCUCCUUAUUCCAGACAGACCUUAAUUACAUCUGGUUAAUCUUGGCCGACACACUUUCACCCUCAACAUCUCACGACACCACAACGUCGAAAAGUAUAUAUUUACAGAUCGCUUCGAUUGCAAGACAGCUUGUGAAUUCUCGCCGUGACCUUGUGGUGAAUUCUUUACCGCAUCUGGGACAUAUUCUCAGCCGACUCCUGGAGUGCCUGCGGGCUGUUCGAGGAAGUCUUGGAGCGAGCCAGCAACGCUCAAUCGCAAGCACUUUCCCAUCCUGGAUUCAACCCUCCCAACCAUUGGGGGCAGAGGAAGCCAACAGCAUCACGCGGCUUCUCAUGACGUUGACCAAAAGAACUGAGGUUCAAACAUCCUCGUCCGCAAACAAAUCGAAACCCAUUCCUCAGGCCGAGUCAAUAGCCAGGCCAUUUUCCACGCAAGCACCUUACGUUCUCGUUGCGUAUAUUCGGAUUCUUACCAGCCCACUGGGAAUACUCUCCCCUGACAUACGACGGGGACUCGAGCCUGGAAUUUUUGAACUGUGCUCUAUGAUUAACGACCAAAUGAGGGAUUCAAUGAUGAUAACCAUGCUAGACGGAGGAGAGAGAGAGAUGCUGAAAUUGAUAUGGGAUGGAUACAUAAAGCGGAACAAAGUGGGAAGAAGAUAGUUUGCCGUGGGUGCGGUCCGGGUCAGAGGUUUUGCAUUUCGACUUAGAUCACCGUCACUCCUAAUUGCCGUUGCUCUUCAUAUCUUCAUGUGUCCAUAAGAGCCAGACUAAAUUGACCCACGGAGACGUUUC